AUGAGCGACGCCACAUCGCCCAAGCCCGUAUCGGUCCUCUUCGUCUGCCUAGGCAACAUCUGCCGCUCGACCAUGGCAGAGGGCGUGUUCCAAUCGCUCGUAUCGUCGUCGCCCGCCAGCACGCAGCGCCUCGUCUCUUCCAUCGACUCGUGCGGCACAGGCGCGUACCACGUCGGCGACUCCCCCGACCGCCGCACCAUGGCGACGCUGCGCCAAAACGGCAUCACCACCUACCGCCACGCUGCGCGCAAGUUCGACCCGUCGACAGACUUUGAGCACUUUGAUUACAUCCUCGCCAUGGACGAUGAGAAUCUCGCGGACCUGGUCGAUCUGCGGAGGCGCGCGGUGAAGAAAGCUGGGGGUGACGAGGGGCUUGGGAAGGUCAUGCUGUUUGGCGAGUUUGGGGGCGCGAAGAGGAGGAAUGGUAGGGGGGAGGAGGUCGCGGAUCCGUAUUAUGGGGCGAAUGAUGGCUUUACGACUGCGUAUGAGCAGGCGGUCAAGUUCUCCCAGGUUUUCUUGGAGAGAUUGGAGAAGGGGGAGCUGAGCUGA